AUGGGAGGAGACAUUCCCCAAUUCUUUCCUCAACCAGAGGCCACUCCACCCACGCCGCCUCCCCCCUCCACUCCCCAAAGUGGAACGGAUGCCCCUUCUGGAAGUGUGGGAGGCAGUGGGCUUCGCGGAGGGGCCUCCUCAGCUGACGCCCCACCCCCUGAGUUUUUCACCAGCGUCGUCCAAGGGGUCCUGUCAUCCAUGAUGGGCUCACUCAGUGCACAGCAGUGCAGCACCGAGAGCAUCGCUGACUUCAUCCAGCGCCUGAGCGGGACCAGUAACAUCUUUGAGCCGGGCACAGAGGGGGCCUUGGGCUUCUUUGGAGAUCUGCUUUCCCUGAUCUGUCAGAACUUCUCCAUGGUUGACAUGGUGAUGCUGCUACACGGGCAGUUCCAGCCCCUGAAGCGGAUCCAGCCCCAGCUCAACCGGUUCUUCCGGGAGGAGUAUCUUCAUGGUCAAGAGCCCACCGACCGCAACAUCCAGAUGGCCACUUACAAUUUGAUCAACGGUUUGGAGGACUACAUCCGCGAGAGCUUUGCUUCUGUCCGCGUUCGUGAUGGCGUCGACAUCACCCGCACCAAUCUGGAGUUCUUGCAGGAGCAGUUCAACCGCAUUGCUACACACAUCCUCCGCUGCACCGAUAACACCUUUGGGUAUCGGCUGCUGGAGCUGUGCAACCAGGGCCUGUUUGAGUGUUUGGCUUUGAACCUCUACUGCUUGCGGGGGGAGCAGGGCGCCCUGACAGCCGUCAUCAACGACCGCAUUAGGCGGAUGUCGGCAGACAUGAACCCCUCCUUGGUGAGCUGGCUCACCACCAUGAUGAGCAUGCGCUUGCAGGUCAUUCUGGAGCACAUGCCAGUCACGGAAGAGCAGGUCCUUCAGUACGUCCGCAGGGUGGGCGAUCCUCCGCAGCCUGCUCCAGAAGAGCCUAUGGAUCUCCAGACUGUGGAACAGGCUCCGGAAACUUUGCAGUGUGACAGCGUGGCUUCCCCAGCCCCGGCCACAACGGCAGAAGAGGCCAUGCCCCAGCAGCACAGGGAGCCGGAGCACGAGGAGCCCCAACAGGCAGAGCCCCCCGCCCCAGAGGCAGAGCCCUGGGCUGCUGCUGUGCCCCCCGAGUGGGUGCCCAUCAUCCGGGAGGACAUCCAGACCCAGCGCAAGCUCAAGCAGCAGCCUCCCCUCAGCGACGCCUACCUGAGCGGCAUGCCAGCCAAGCGGCGCAAGACGAUGCAGGGUGAUGGGCCCCAGCUGCUUCUGUCUGAGGCAGUGAACAAAGCAGCCAAAGCGGCCGGAGUGAAGCCCCUGACCAGCACAGAGAGCCUGAGCCGAGACCUGGCCGAACCGUCCCUGCAGGAAGGCUACCGACAGCAGCUGAAAUCCGAUCUGCAGAAGCGACUACAAGCCGAUCCCAGUUUCACUCCCCAGCGGUUCCCCAAUGCCCAGCAGGUCUUUGUGGCUGAGGACCCAUGACGGCUGCUGCCCCAUAAGCCCUCCUGGAUGGGGGGCACGCUUCUGGGGCUUGCCUCCCGAGCACCACCACACAGGCAGCCACUCCCUUCUCAGGCCAAAUAUUUAAGUUCCUUCCCAUGUAUUCCCCCUCUCCCCAGUCGCUGGGCCCUCUCUGGGCUCAAGUUGCUGCUGAAUUCAAUAAAUAAAAGCCACUUGACCAGG